AUAAUAGAAAACGAUAGCAAUACAAGAUAAUUAAACGCAAUUUAAAAAAAAAAUACAAACAGCUUGCACUAUGGAGAAGUCAUCGACGAUGCUAUUUCUUUUAAAUCUUUGCAUCAUAUCUGGGAUAGUAGUAAUAAGAAGAUGCAACGCAACGACAUACUUUGUGGGAGACAGUUCCGGUUGGGACAUAAGCUCCGAUCUUGAGUCUUGGACUUCAGGCAAGCGAUUCUCUUCUGGUGAUGUUCUAAUGUUCCAAUACUCAUCGACGCACAGUGUAUAUGAAGUUGAUAAAAACAACUACCAAAACUGCAACUCAACAGACGCGAUCCGUACGUUCACAAACGGGAACACGACCGUUUCACUUUCCAAACCGGGAGACCGGUUCUUUGUAUGCGGUAAUAGGCUCCAUUGCUUCUCUGGUAUGAGGUUACGAGUCAACGUCGAAGGCAAUGCCCCAUCUCAAUCCCCCGUUGGAUCUCCCCAAGCCUCGGCUGCCGGGAUUCUUCAACCUUCUUCUAAGCAAAAUAACCCUGCGACCGGAGUCGCUAGCUCGGCCACCCGUUUUAACGGCAGUGGUUCGAGCGGUAGUAGUAUGGGCAUUUUUGUAUAUUUGAUGGUUUUAGCUUUUCCAUUCAUAUGGUCUUAUUGUGACUAACAAACUUGCAAGUUACAAAAGAGAGUUUUGUAAUCAUGUAUAAUAUAUACUUUCCCUUAAUUUUAAUGCGUACGAGUGCGAAUAUUCGGUUCGGUUUA